UCGGACCUGCGUCGCUACGCAAGGAACGGAGGGCCAGAUCUAACAUCUCUUCGAGGAGUACGGAUCCUACAGCCCUGCAUGUGGAAUCGCACGUUGACCGAUGACACGAGCGUAUAUAGCAAGAGGUUCUCUGCUACUGAUUCCACAUUCGAGCGAAUACUGGUGAGACACAAUAUCUUCUCCGACGGUCAUGGCUAUCAUGAGCAUGUUCCCAUCGUACAGCAUGCCAACUCAGCCGAAAUCCGGCAAAGACUAUUAGCAUCCAGAGCAAGUCUUUCGCCGUCCCGGCGCGAUGAGUCUGAGUACAAACGCUUCAAAGAAGCCAAUACAAUUGCGCUGUCGGAGUCCAAGGUGAUGAGCUGCGUCGUGCCUUUUUUUACUGGCCAAGGUUCUGGAACUCCAAUCGCAAGCCAGGAGAAUCUUGUCUUCAACAACCUUACUUCCCUUACCAACAGGGCUACUGUCGAUCCAAAACCUGAUAUGUACGAUGGGGCUACCUUCACACAAGUCCACGCCCAAGUACAAGAUGAUCUUGAUUCGUUGAUCGUUCCAACCAAGCAUGUAUACGCACCUAUUGCCCCAAACUAUUUCUUUGAAGCCAAAUCAUCACUUGGGCUACCGCACGAAGGCAAGCAGCAAAUCACAUACGAUAUAGCGGCAGGGACCCGGGCAAUGAAUGCGCUCCAGAACUACAGAGAGGUAUCAACAGCACCGUAUGAUGGAAAUGCUUAUACUCUUGGAGCAACUUACCAUGGGUCGGGGAUGCUCAAAAUCUAUGCAGGACAUAUGCACCCUGGGCAAAUGGGACCAGAGACACACGUCACCCAGGUCAAAGGAUUCGACAUAACCGAUGAUGCUGACGCCUAUUUCAAAGGUGUGGCAGCUUUCCGAAAUGCGCGCGAACUUGCACACGAGUUUCGCAACGAUUUGGUCGAGUCUGCAAAUUCGAGGGCG